AUGGCCCCGAAGACGGAUUCAAACGCAGCUAAUGCGGAACGAAUCUCUGCUAUCGAAGGUCAGAUGAAGAAUGCAAAGGAGCCGUGGAAGCAUGUCUUCCAUGUCGUGACGGAUAAGAUGAAUCUCGGUGCGAUGCAGGUUAUGUUUAAGCUUAAAGAGUAUAAAGGAGCUCAUGUAGAAGUGAAAGCUGUUGAGGACUAUACGUUUUUGAACUCUUCCUACGUGCCUGUGUUGAAGCAGCUGGAGUCUGCCAAUCUUCAGAAGUUCUAUUUCGAGAAUAAGCUCGAGAAUGCGACUAAGGAUACGACCAAUAUGAAGUUUAGGAACCCCAAGUAUUUGUCUAUAUUGAAUCACUUGAGAUUCUAUUUGCCUGAGAUGUACCCGAAGCUGCAUAGGAUACUGUUUUUGGACGAUGAUGUGGUUGUGCAGAAGGAUUUAACGGGCCUUUGGGAGAUUGAUAUGGAUGGGAAAGUGAAUGGAGCUGUAGAGACCUGUUUUGGUUCGUUCCAUCGGUAUGCUCAGUACAUGAACUUCUCGCAUCCUUUGAUCAAAGAGAAGUUUAAUCCGAAAGCAUGCGCGUGGGCUUAUGGAAUGAACUUCUUUGAUCUUGAUGCUUGGAGAAGAGAGAAGUGCACAGAAGAAUAUCACUACUGGCAAAAUCUGAAUGAGAACAGGACUCUGUGGAAACUUGGAACGUUGCCACCGGGACUGAUCACAUUUUACUCGACCACAAAGCCGCUGGACAAAACAUGGCAUGUGCUUGGGCUGGGUUACAAUCCGAGUAUUAGUAUGGAUGAGAUCCGUAACGCUGCCGUUGUACACUUCAACGGUAAUAUGAAGCCGUGGCUAGACAUAGCUAUGAACCAGUUCCGACCACUUUGGACCAAGCACGUGGAUUACGAUCUGGAGUUUGUUCAGGCUUGCAAUUUCGGCCUUUGA